CAUAAUCCUUGAACAAAUUGUUGCAAAGUUAUGAUGACAAUAAUUGUUCUUGUAUUAUGCCUAAUAACUUCAUCAACAUACAUUAUUGAAGGCAGAAAUAAUAAAGAAAAAGUUGGCCUUGCAAAUGUAGCUCCCUUGCCUAUUGGGGGUGUUUAUGAUGUUACCAAAUACCAUGCUGUUGGCGAUGGUUUUGAUGAUACCGAAGAAGGGGAAUCUGCCAAUGCUAUGGGAUUUAUUCAAGCAUGGAGGGCAGCAUGUGAUAGUAGUGGAGUAACAAGAGUAAUAAUCCCUAAAGGGAAUUUUGUAAUUGGUCCAGUUCUAUUUAGUGGGCCAUGCAAAUCAAAGGUUACAGUAGAGAUUCAAGGAACUGUAUUGGCUAACACUGAUAUAAGUCUUUAUCCUGAACCAUUUGUGAUCAUGUUUGAGAAUGUGAAUGAUGUUACACUUACUGGUACUGGUAUUGUUGAUGGCCAAGGGGCUAAACAUUGGGGGAAUAAUGAUUGUUCUGGCAAUAAUGAUUGUGCUCCUCUUCCUACUUCCAUAAAAUUUCACAGGACGAACAACACUUUGGUGGAAGGAGUGAAAUCAAUAAAUCCAAUGUUUUUCCAUAUGUUUGUAAGCAACUGCCAAAAUGUGACGAUACGUGGGGUGAAGUUAGAAGCUCCAUUUAACAGUCCUAAUACUGAUGGAAUACACAUCGGUAGCUCAGAAUUUAUUACCGUUGCUAACACCAUAAUUGGCACCGGAGAUGAUUGUGUCUCUAUUGGUCAUGGUUCUAAAAAUAUUAAUGUUCUUGGUGUCACUUGUGGCCCCGGACAUGGUAUCAGUGUGGGGAGCCUUGGGAAGUACAAAGAUGAGUUAGAAGUAGUAGGGGUGCUAGUUAAGAAUUGCACCCUUAGUGGAACAACAAAUGGUGCAAGAAUAAAGUCAUGGCCAGGGAAUAAGCCUAAUAAAGCUUCAGCAAUCACAUUUGAAGAUAUAAUAAUGGAUCAUGUUAAGAAUCCUAUCAUUAUUGAUCAACAAUAUGGAAAAAAAGCAAGCUCUGAGGCAUCUCAUGUGAAGAUAAGUGAUGUGCACUUCAGAAAUAUAAGAGGAACCUCAGCUACAACAGAAUUGGCGACUUUUGAUUGCAGCCCAUUGUUGCCUUGUACAGACAUUGAGGUUGCUGAUGUUAGCCUUACUUUUGAUGGUAAAGCAGCCAUUCAUAAAAAGCUUCCUCUUACUAAGGCUAUUGGUAGUGUAGUUAAUUGCUUAAAUGCCAAAGUUGUUUUCAAAGGAAAACAUGAUGGAAUUAAUUGUUAGUAAAUAUAAAUUUUUGUACAAAAUUACCUUUUUAUGUUUUCUUUUGAUUAUAAUGAUGGACAAUUAAUACCCAUAAUGGAGA